CACGUCUGCUAAACACACUGGUGUUGCCACGUUCGUUGAAAAUGGUUGGAAAAUCGAAAAGCUCAAUCCUAAUGACGUCUCAGGAAAUUCAUUAAAAGCAUAUGACGUUUCUCUUAUUUAAUCGAAGUGAGAAUUGUUUUCACGCCUAUUGAGAGAAAAUGUUCCUAAUAUUAAUUAAAUAAUAUUCUCAUGACAUUGCAAUUGAUUGAAACCAAAGUGGAAAGAACGAACAAAAAAAGCAUUUAUAAUUUGAGAUAGAUUAGCAUCGAACUUAGAUUAGAAAAGUAGAGUAGUCCAUUUCUACGCAGUUGAAUUCACAGUGAUUUAUUAUUAGUUUUUGUUACUAAUCGAUUUUCGUGUAAAAAAUGUACGGACCAUACGUUAGGUCUCGAUUAGCAAACCAGAACGAUUACCAAACUAUUUGCGAUGAAUAUUAUAAAAGAAGAUAUCACAAAUCCAGAUUUCCAGUACAGAGAAAGCGUACAAGAGUUGUACGACGAACACAAUCCGAGCCAGACAUUUCGGAAUGUGAGCAAACCAACAAAUCUCCAAUGGCCAAUUCGAUACUCGAAACAUUUGCCAAAAAACUAUUCAAUCGUGAAAAUUCAUCAAAAAAUUGUGGUGGUUGCUCGAAAAAAGUUGCAAGCUCACCGUCAUGGUUGGAUAAUUUAUGGAAAAACGUGAAAAUCCAGUAUUCGUCCCUGGAUCCUAGAAUGAGAGCUGCAGAGCGCACACCACAUGAACGAGAAAUCCGCGAGAGGGCAUUCAUUUCGUGUCAAGAGUGGACAGAAAAAUCGGACGGCCGUUACAAGAUCAUGGCACAUUUGGAUGAUAUCGGCUGUAGAACGGAUAAAAAUUGGUUUUUACUUAACGAUUCAACUGUUCGAACGAAUCGUCUGAUGUCGUGGAUAUCAUUGCCAGCCGACUGUAUUGCAUUGGAAGAACUAUCGCCAUUAAGUUCAACGAAAGGUGUGCUUAUGGAACUUCUUGGUUCACUGCAACAUCCAUACGUUUAUCCAGUGCUAGAUCUGGGGCUUUUCUACUCGAAUCAAAAUCACUGCGCGUGUCUUGUGAUGCCUGUCAAUGCCCGUGGCAGUCUGAAGGAUUUAAUUAACAAAGCAAUUCGUUGGAAUGAGCCGUGGAGACGUAAAUAUAGAAAAAAAUGUACAUGUUUGACAAUGACACAGGUGCAGCGAUUCGGUCGGCACAUUUUGGAAGCGUUGUUAUUUUUGCGUGUGCGAGGUAUACCAUCACAUGGACACCUUCAUAGCGGCAAUGUUAUAAUUCAAAACGGUGUUGCAAGGCUAUCAGGAUUGGAAAAUGGUUUGCUUGGCUUAGACUCAAAAGUAAAUGCGGUUGUUUCAGCUAAGAAUAUGGCUGAUGUUGAACAUCGAGACGUUAUUUGCUUUGGCCAUUUACUAUUCGAAAUGUGCAUGGGAUAUGAGUUGCCGACACAACAACCAACCGCAACAAAUUUGUUUUUGGACUUAGAACAACAUCCGAAGGUGGUGGAGGUAAUGCAAAUGAUUUUCGAAUCUCCCGGUAAUCGAUAUCCAACCAUUGAGGAGCUUGUACGAUGUGAUUUAUUCCGUAACGUUGAACUACGUGAGUUGCGGGGGGCAUCGAUUUCGUCACUUAAGCCGGAUUUAAGUACAUCUACAUCGAAUCUUUUGAAUGCUGUUCGUCGAAGGCAGGCAAAUGCGUUAAAUCGUUCUCACUUCUCCCAGUCAUUCGAUUCACACCAAUACGUUUCAUUGGAUGAUACGUACAGUGAAUGUAGUUACGCAUCGAUAAAUGGCUCGUACAGUGAUGUGUCGUAUGUUGGAACUAUGGAGGGUCAUAUAACUGUGACACAAGAACAAUAUGAACAAUACCGCAAAAUGAACAGCACAUUUCAAUUAUGCAAAAUAUGCACAGAAAAUGACAAAGAUAUACGACUUGAACCAUGCGGUCAUUUGUUGUGCAUUCAGUGUUUAACCGCAUGGCAUAUUGACUCCGAAGAACACGGAACGUGUCCGUUCUGUCGCGCUGAAAUCAAAGGAACUGAACAAAUUGUUGUCGAUCCAUUUGAUCCGCGAAAGGAGCACUAUAGGGUUUCAUCCAACAGUCGACAACGAAAUGUUGAUCAUUUAUAUACUGAGAUUAGUUAAUCACUAACUCUUAACACUUUUUGUUUACUAUUUGCAUGCAACUUAUCAUUUUUGUGCUAAAUAGUUAAGUUUGUGUCAACAUUGUCAAUGUGUCCAUAAAACUACUCAGGGAAUCAGCCAUCUAACUUGGAUACCAAACCAAACAACAUUUUGAUAAAUGGGUUCGCUCAGAAAAUGUGUUCAAAAUAAUAACAUUUUUGUUGAACCACUUUAGAUGUAUUUAUAAUAUCUUCAUAAAUGAUAAAAUAUAUUUUUAUGCAAUAAACGAGC